GGCGCGCUCGAGUGGUCUCGGAUUAUCCAAACUCGAGUUGUUCAAAUUUUACAAUUUCGCUGCCGCCCGAAGAUCCCAAUCCCUGCUUUUCUUGGAUCUUUGUUUUCGUCACGGUUUCCCAGGAAUUUCUUGUGCUCCUUCAUUACCUCACCCCUCGCUGAAAGUGCAUUAAGGCAGUGUGCGAAUUAUUCCACGUGCAUUAAAUCACCUAUGAUACAAAAUUCGGAAGCUAUCGUGAUAUAGGUGCCGCGGCUACUCGCAGAACUUUUCGAACCCAGCUUUAUUUUUUCGACACAAUGAUGGUACAAAACUCCAAUCAGCUGAUCAUAUUCUUCGUCGCCGUCCUUUCCGGCUAUGCAUUUGGGAAAGCAGUUGGGAAGGAAGGUGACGUCCAGUGGACGUACAUUGAGGAAGAGCAGCCCGGGACGGUGAAAUACAUGUCAGCUUGUCUGAAGCCAGGGUUCAUCUGCAGCGACUGCCAGUCGCUCUACUUCUGCAGAAACGACGGGAACGGGACCCUCAAGCCGACCAUGCUCCAGACUUGCUCCAACGCCGAGGGCUUCUACUGCAACGUCGCCGCCGGAGGUUGCUCAACAAACAAGAGGGACUGCGAUAUUUUUGGCCUCCAAGAAAUCAAGUGCCAGGCUGAGGGAAAUUUUCCUGAUCCUUACGACUGCACAUCAUACCACAGAUGUACAACAUUGGAUGAUGGAUCAAUGAAAAGUACCCGUUAUGAAUGUCCAUUGGGGAAGGCUUACGAUUCCUUUGCCAAUAAUUGCCGAUUCAAGUUGACCGACAGGGUAUGUGUGGACAGCCCUGUGCCCAAGUGUAAGAAAGCUCUACGGACUGGAUCCUUAAUCGAAAAUCCUAGCAUUUAUUUUGUCUGUGUUAUGGAAAAAGAUGGGCUAAGACCGCGGUUAUACAAGUGUGAGGAUGGCAAAGUCUAUGAUGCUAAAAGCUAUCAAUGUGUAGAUCCCAACACAGUUACUCUUUCAUUAGGUGGCACUGUGUCUGCCAAUAAUGUAAAGAACCCAAAAACAAUGUUUAACCGUAACAGUCUGCCAGCACAGAAGACACCACCAAAAGCUUGAUUGAGUCCUUUAAGUUGAGAGGUAAUUAGAGAAUAAUAUGGGGACAGGAAACACAGCAUUCCCUACUAGUCUGAGAAAUUAUCCCUCCAAAUGUAUUCGCAGGAUAGUCUGAGUUUGGUUUGUCUUUUAAGACAGGGGCUUCCUACUAAAACUUUCCUAUCUUGAAAAGUUUUCCUAAAUUAAGCUGCAUACACACAAGCAUCAGAAAUAAUUCCCUUAAGUGUAAGGUAAAAAAUUUGAGGCUCAUAAUAAUGAGGCUAAGAUUGAGUUACUGAGGAAAGAGGAAAAGUAUCUUCACAACAAAUUAAGAUCCACAGAUUGAGACAAUGCCCACGCAUUUGGGAAUGAAAACCUUGAAGUAGGGUUUAUUGUACUUGAGUAUGUAAAACUUUGAAUCGCUAAAAGCGUUUCUGGGAUGAAAACUGAAUUGUCCUCAAAUACUUCCUCCUGUCCCCAAAGACAGUUUCCUUUCUACUACCACACUAAUUUACUACAAUUCUUUUCAGUUAAGUAAAAUGUUUUAAAAAACGAACAAAUUGUCAAAGGAAGCUCCAUCAAACUGUGUAAAGGGGGAAUGUUCUGGUAAUAUAAUAAACUAGUGCGGACAUUUGAAAGCAAAUUUCAAGUUCAAAAGUUGCCCAACAAUUUUCAUAAAUCACUUUUAUUUUUGAUUAAUGGAAAGUUUGCAUCAAUACCUGCAAGAACUGCAAAUCAGAUCUUUUUAACCAUCGGUAGUCCUUAAAUUAUGUUACUUUUGUUACUGGCCUAGGUACGCUUGUGAAUAUGUGUGUUCAAGAUUUCAGAAUUCAAUGUUGACACAUCAAAUUUUUCCAAAACAAGUACUAAAAUUAUGUAAGAAAAUAAACUGUCUUCUUCCCUUUUCUAAGAAA